AUGAAGCGCGCGCGCAAAGUGUACAGUGAUGACGAUGAGGAGCGGUGCAAGAAAGUGGUAGACUUCAUACGGUCCCUACGGUUUUCCAUCCCACUCUACCGCCUGCGGGAGCAGAAUGACCGCAGACUCUGCCCAAAGUGCGGCAGGCGCCGUCAGUAUUACUGCUACGAUUGUCUGAUAGUGGUGCAUCCGGAGAGCCAACCCCCACCCUUGAAGCUUCCACUUAAUGUGUAUGUCAUCCUCCACCCUGGCGAAACGCGGGGUAAGAGCACAAGCCUGGCCGCAUCAACUAUUUCACCGGACUUGCACAUCAUCGAUUACCCUCACGUGCCUACUGAUCUUGAACCGAAAGCGACGCUGUUGCUCUAUCCCAGCACCGAUAGCACGGAGCUGGAAAGCUUAGAGAACUUGGAUUCUUGUAAGAACGUUGUAUUCAUUGACGGAACGUGGCAGCAAAGCAAGGCGAUGGCUCGUGACGAACGGCUCUCUAAAUUUAGGCAUGUACGGAUAAAGGCACAGACUUCGCUCUUCUGGCGCUUCCAGAAUAAUGAUCCCACUUAUUUGGCAACAGUGGAGGCCAUUUACUACUUUCUGCGCGAGUUCAUAUCACAGAACAAUAAACGGCGUGCUGGAUGCCAGCCACCGUAUUAUAAUGGAGAUGUCGAUGACAUACUUUAUUACUACAUCAACCAAUAUAUCGCUGUGCAGCAGCGCUACUGCAAGAGCGAAUUGGAAUACACAACAAGACACUUCGACAGCUAUAUUAUUCGCUGCUUUUCAUGGGAUCAGCUAGUUGCCAAACCUUCGGAAAGCGCUCCCGUGGUCAACCACAGAACUUCGUGA